GUUCUCGGACACGUCUGCCCUAACAAUCGAAUGGGCCCUCGUUCUUCUUCUCUGCAUCCCAACUGCCCUCUCAAAAACCAGCGCAGAGCUUGACCGCCAUAUCAUCACUCACCGACUGAUAAAUGAAACCCACUUCCCCAAUAUUCCUUACCCUGCUCCGUCGUAUUAUGAAAAACGGUUGCGAGAAAGCACAUACGAGAAGAACGAUCCAAUGAAGAGGAAAGUGUUAAACACAGCAGGUGGACCGGUCUCUGCAUACUCAACACGUUAUCAAAGAGGCUGUCCGUCUUCACUCCGUAGCAGCGCUCAUCCCCGCACACGAUCCAAUGAAGACUGCACCAUCGAGGCCCUCCACGUGAAGGAAGGCGCGAUGUUGCUUGUGAACGCGUGGGCGAUAAACAUAGAUCUGUCGCUGUGGGUUGAG